AUGGGCCUCUCCCCAUCCUCUGCAGUCUCUUCACCACCACCGACUGGUCUCCGUGGCAAGCGGGGGAGGAGAUCUUCUUCGGGGUCUUCCUCGGAGGCCUCCAACCCUGAACCAGUCGAGCCCUUCACCUCCUUCCUUCAGCCAACCACCAGGCGGGUGGCUCGGCUGAGGAAGAAGAGACAACGGAGGGCAGCUCCGAGUCCGCUUUGGUGUGCGGAACUCAGUCAUUACAAUGCCUGUGUCAGCGGCUGCCAAGAGACCUGCUCUAGCCUGGAUGCUGCAGGGACUUGUGGGAUAUGCGAAGAACGCUGUGAGUGUGACGAUGGCUUCCUGCUCAGUGGAGGAACGUGCGUGCUAGAAGAGGACUGUGGAUGCUGGGUAAACGAACAGCAUUAUGCGAUCAGAGAGACAUUUAUGGAGGGUGACUGUAACACACUGUGCGAGUGUCAGGGCCACGGGAAAAUUCACUGUUCCCCUGUGUCCUGUCUGGCCGGUGAAGUGUGUAUGGUUCAGGACGGGAUCAAGGGCUGCUUUCCUUCUAGCCCUGUGACCUGCAGUGUCUACGGUGACCCCCAUUACAUCACCUUCGAUGGCAAGGCCUGCUCCUUCUGGGGCACCUGCAACUAUACAAUAGUAAAAACAUGUGGCCCAGCUAACACCCAGUUCACUUUAACCGCAAGAAAUGAAGGGAGAGAGAAUCCCACAAGCUCUUCUCUUAACUCUGUAGCUCUCGACAUGGAAGGAUUCCACCUCACCAUCAGAAAGAACAAGCUGGUUUAUGUGAGUGUUUUGGUUUGUUCACAACUCAUGAAGUGCUUUUCAUUCAUCUGGUGUUUAGUGUUUGAAUUGUUACCCUGCCUCUGUAGUUCCUGGGUCACUCUGACAUGGAGUCAAGCCAUUGCCUUUGUACAAGAAAAUAGAAUGUGUACUGAAACAUUAGUAGACUUUUACAGUCAGUCAGUUACUGGCGGAGCUUGUAGCUGGUUGAGCAAAAUGAGGUCGGGACCCUACGCUCAAGUUGAUACAGACUUCGGUGUGCGUCUGGUGUUUGAUGGAAGUUCCAGGCUGUUUGUGCAGGUGGAUGAGCGCUACAGAGGGAUGCUAUGCGGCCUGUGCGGUACUUACUCCGGAAUUUGUGGCCUGAACUGUGAUUUUGAGAGUGAUAUCUGCAGUUGGACUCAGUUGCUGACUGACGUUUUUGAUUGGACAAGACAGAUAGGCUCCACCCCAACAUUAAAGACUGGUCCUUCCUCUGACCACACAACAGGAAGUGGCUACUACAUAUACAUCGAGGGAGAUAGUGCCACUCACGGUGACACGGCACGCCUCCUCAGUGCAGAAUGCACUGACAUUCAACCCCAGUGUCUUCAGUUUUGGUACCACAUGCACGGUGCUAGCAGCACCAUGGGGCUGAGCGUCUACCAGUUUGAGGGUAAUUUGACCCAGGAGGUGUGGAGGAGGAGAGAUAACCAUGGAGACAUGUGGCAUCAUGCGCUGGUGGAUCUGAGGCCGACUGUUAAGUUUCAUGUGAUCUUUGAGGGGCGUAGAGGAAGCACAGCCCUGUCAGAUGUUGCCAUUAAUGAUGUCUCUCUGCACCGAGGAACCUGUGAUGAUUUAGUAAACCAGGUGAAACCAACAACUCCAGGCCCGUUGCCACCAACAGUGCAUACUACAGCCAGACCCAUCCAAACUACAUCUGCAUCUGUUGAAACUACGUCCAGACCUACCCAAACCACAGCUGAACCUGUUCAAACUUCGACUAGACCCGUUCAAACCACAGCUGAACCCGUUCAAACUACGACCAGACCCGUCCACAGCACAUCUGAACCCGUUCAACUUACGACCAGACCAGUCCAAAUCACUGCUGAACCCGUUCAAACUUCGACCAGACCCGUCCUAACCACAGCUGCACCCGUUCAAACUACGACCAGACCUGUCCAAACCACAGCUGAACCCGUUCAAACUAAGACCAGACCCGUCCAAACCACAGCUGAACCCGUUCAAACUACGACCAGACCCGUCCAAACUACAGCUGAACCCGUUCAAACUACGACCAGACCUGUUCACACCACAAAUGAAUCUCUCCAGACUACAGCUGGACCUAUUCAAACUACAGCAUCAACACCCUCUUGCCCCAUAAACAGUCAUUACACCGACUGCAUUCCUGCCUGCGAGCCUACAUGUUCACACCUGCACGGCCCGCCGAACUGUAACACAGAAGAGCCGUGCGUGCAGGGGUGUGUGUGCGACGACGGCUUUGUGCUUAAACAGCGCACGUGCGUGCCCAUCAGUGAGUGCGGUUGCAAAGACAGUCACGGCAAUAUUCACAGCUUUGGUGAGGUCUGGUAUGGCAGCCAUUGCUCACAGAGAUGCGAGUGUGAGGACGAUGGGGAGAUAGAAUGUGAAGAUUAUGAAUGUGAUGGAAAUGAGAUAUGUCACGUGACUGAACAGGGGCAGCAUAUGUGCCAGAAAGCUGCGUUCAGCAAAUGUACAAUCGACGAUGAACCGGAGUACAGAACUUUUGACAAGAUGAAGCACAAGUUUAAAGGCAAAGAUUCCUACAUCCUGGUCCAAACCACCAACCUCCCCAGCAACAUCCCCGAUGUUUAUGUGGUCACGGUCAACAAAAAAGUCAAAGACAAGAGCAGCGAGGAAGACAGCAGUGAGGAGGACGAUGAUGAUGGUCGUCUGCGUGCUAUCAGAAUCAGGGUCUAUAACCACACAGUGGACUUUAAAAAGGGCCGUAAAAUUAUGGUAGAUGGUUUAAGCGUUCGAGCUCCUAUCUCCCCCUCUGGAGGAAUCAAGAUUUGGGAUCGCUCUUCUCGAGUUUUUCUGAAGACUGACUUUGGCCUCUUUGUGGAGUUCGAUGGCAAACACAAGGCAGAGAUCACUCUUUCCCACGUGUAUAAAAUAAAGAUCGGAGGUCUCUGUGGAAAUUUUGACUUGAAUUUUGUGGAAAUCAAUGACAUGAUGAAGCCAAACGGGGAGCAGGCAAGGAAUGUGAAGGAAUUCGGAGAGAGCUGGAGAGUGACAGACAGACGGAGGCAGUUCUUUCUUUAAGAAAAAUUGCUUCAGGAGCUGAAAGUUUCGCCAUCAGCUAUCCAGCAUCUGACAUCAGUAUGGACUUCCUUACUAAGCUGACACAUUACUUAAACUAGCUAGGGGUGUUUGUGUGCAACAUAUUCAUUUCUUAACAUGUCUUACAAAAAAAGUAUUCCCAGUAAUUAUAGAAUGCCUCUAAAUGAACAGUAACAUGCAACUACUCUUAUGUUUGGGGCUGAUAUCUUAACACCCAAAUUGUUAAUGAAUAUUAAUUUGUUAGGAAUGUUUAUUUUAUUUGAAAAUGAUAAAUAAAGUUAGAUGUACAGGGCUGUGUUUAAAGUCAUCAUGAACUGUUGCUGUGAUUAUUAUAAAUGAUUUAUCAGUGCACAACAUCUUUUUUUCAAUUGAUUUGCACAUGUUAUCUUUAAUCAAAAACAUUAUGCUCCUCUCCCCCUCUCAACAACUCUUCAUCACAUGAUGUAAGCAACAAAAAAAGAAGUAGGAAUACUGACGUUUCACUGGUUUGUUCGUCACGUAACGGAAAAGAAGUCAAUCGCAACGUCUGUUUCAUGGUGACUAGGGGUCAUGUUAAGUCCACUAAUGGCUUUCAAAUGCAUUUAAACUUUGUUACAAAUAUCCAUGUGAUCUCACAGAGGAAAGACAUUUUGCACUUUAGGUUAAUAAAGGUUUUAA